AUGGCCGCUGCGGCCACCCCCCACAGCCUCCUGGUUCUCCUCCAGGUGCUCGGACUCGCCAUGGCACAGAUUAGAGGUCCGCCCGGAGAACCAGGACCCCCCGGACCCCCGGGACCGCCGGGAGUGCCUGGAUCAGACGGCAUCGACGGAGACAAAGGGCCUCCUGGAAAACCUGGCCUUCUGGGACCUAAAGGGGAGCCUGGCAAACCAGGACCAGAUGGGCCAGAUGGGAAACCUGGGAUUGACGGUUUAACCGGAGCCAAGGGGGAGCCUGGUCCCCUGGGAAUCCCCGGAGUCAAGGGCCAGCCUGGUCUCCCAGGUCCCCCUGGCCUUCCAGGCCCUGGCUUCGCUGGACCUCCUGGACCAGUUGGACCUGUUGGCCUCCCUGGUGAGAUUGGAAUCCCAGGCCCCAAAGGUGAUCCUGGACCAGAGGGACCAGCCGGACCUCCGGGACCCCCUGGGAAACCGGGCCGCCCAGGAACCGUCAAUGGCCUCGAAGGCAGCGCAGAUUUCCUGUGUCCAACCAACUGUCCUGCGGGUGUGAAAGGUCCCCAAGGGCUACAGGGAGUGAAGGGGCAUCCAGGCAAGCGUGGGGCUCUGGGAGAUCCUGGCCAUCAGGGGAAGCCAGGUCCCAAGGGAGAUGUGGGUGCCUCUGGAGAGCAAGGCAUUCCUGGACCGCCGGGUCCCCAGGGCAUCAGGGGCUACCCGGGCAUGGAGGGAUCUAAGGGAGAGACGGGUCCUCAGGGGUACAAAGGCAUGGUGGGCUCCGUUGGUUCUGCUGGGUCCCCGGGUGAGGAAGGGCCACGGGGGCCCCCAGGCCGAGCAGGAGAGAAGGGAGAUGUGGGCAGCCAAGGUGUGCAAGGAACUCAGGGAAUAACAGGCCCUAAAGGAGCAACUGGUCCACCGGGCAUUGAUGGCAAGGAUGGGACCCCCGGCAUGCCUGGCAUGAAGGGCAGUGCAGGACUGGCUGGACGGCCAGGAAACCCAGGUCACCAGGGUCUAGCGGGUGUGCCAGGCCAGCCUGGAACUAAAGGGGGCCCUGGAGACAAGGGUGCGCCAGGCCAGCAGGGCCUCCCGGGAUUCUCUGGUCCCCCUGGGAAGGAGGGAGAGCCAGGGCCUCGAGGAGAAAUUGGUCCCCAAGGCAUCAUGGGGCAGAAGGGUGACCAGGGUGAAAGGGGGCCAGUGGGGCAGCCAGGUCCUCAAGGUCGGCCGGGCCCAAAAGGAGAGCAGGGAUCACCUGGAAUUCCAGGGCCCCAAGGCUUACCAGGCAUCAAGGGAGAUAAGGGCUCUCCCGGGAAGACUGGCCCCCGCGGUGGAGUGGGUGAUCCAGGUGUAGCCGGCCUCCCAGGAGAGAAAGGCGAGAAGGGGGAGUCUGGCGAGCCGGGACCCAAGGGACAGCAAGGAGUCCGUGGAGAACCAGGCUAUCCUGGGCCCAGUGGGGAUGCAGGUGCCCCAGGGGUGCAGGGCUACCCGGGGCUCCCUGGCCCUCGAGGACUGGCUGGUGACAGAGGCGUGCCUGGACUUCCUGGGAGACAGGGCGUGGCGGGUCGAGAUGCCAGUGACCAGCACAUCGUGGACGUGGUACUGAAGAUGCUGCAAGAGCAACUGGCAGAGGUAGCUGUGAGUGCCAAGCGGGAAGCCCUGGGUGCAACGGGAAUGAUGGGGCCCCCAGGGCCCCCAGGGCCUCCUGGGUACCCAGGCAAUCAGGGACCUCAUGGGCAUCCUGGCCCUCGGGGAAUCCCUGGCAUUGUAGGAGCCGUGGGUCAGAUUGGCAACACCGGGCCCAAGGGAAAACGCGGAGAGAAAGGUGAUCGAGGAGACAUGGGACGUGGACAUCCUGGGAUGCCUGGGCCCCCGGGGAUCCCAGGCCUCCCUGGCCGGGCUGGCCAGGCAAUCAAUGGCAAGGAUGGAGAUCGAGGAUCCCCAGGGGCUCCAGGAGAGAUGGGCCACCCAGGCCUGCCAGGCCCUGUGGGGCUGCCUGGCUUCUGUGAGCCUGCAGCCUGCCUUGGAGCCUCAGCCUACGCCUCUGCCCGCCUAACGGAGCCAGGAUCCAUCAAAGGGCCAUGAGCAUCAGGCUGGGAUAGAGCCUGCUGGGCAUGCUGGAGAGAAAGAACCAGGUCCCCUCUGGGUGGAUGUGCACCCCACCCUCCAGCCCAGGAAA